AUGAGCUACGCUGUUGCAAGUUCAUCUGCGAGCGUGUGGCUCUCAUCCCCGGUGGGUGGCUCUCGAAGAAGUCAUCCACAGAACGCUAUCAUGGCGAGUCUUGUGCAAUAUCAAUCUCUUCCGAGCUUAUCGUCUCUAUUACCGACGGUGUCCCAGCGCCUUGCUGAUAAGAGAUACGCUUCAACUAGAUGCACCCGCCGGCAGAUAUCAGCCAAGAGUUCCUGA